GUAAUGCAAGGACGGAUACAAGUAGCAUCACCACAAACCGUAGGAAACAAGGUACCAGCAGGUUGUCAAGAUACCACCGAUCACAACGGAAAGCGCGUUUGCUGGCGGGAGUUUACCGCUGAGGCGUCGGAUGGAUGAUGAGGAGGAGGACAUGUCACAGCCCAUCUCGCACCUCUGGGGAACGUCCUUUAGGGACGUCAAAUACGAAGACCGAGCCACACCGAUUGCAGCCGGACAGGCCCUUACUGCCGUCACCGCUGCUGUGCCCACGUCGCAAAGUCACAACAACAACAGCAUCAGCGUCAACACGCUGCCCUGCAGCCUGCACUGGCAGCCUCGCAUACCCUUUCACGGCAACGCUGGAUUACGCUCACAUUUCCCCGCUCAGUUUGAGCCUAUGGAGGACCGGGGAGAGAGGCAGAUUGAAGAGGAGGAGGAAGAGGGCAGAGGGGAGGAAGAUGACAGGAUGGCAGAGAGGCCCGAGGAGCAGGCAGGGGUGAGCGUCGAGGCGCAAAUUGGCCGUAAACUUCGGGAGAUUGGAGACAAGUUCCAACAGGAUCAUGUUGAACUGUUCAUGAGGCACCAGAGACAAAACCUGCCUGCCUGGAUGCGCCUUACGAUGGCCCUGUUUGGCUUUCUGUUUCCAAGACAGGCUCUCGUCCCCCGCCUGAGAGGAGAGCAGAGAUGAAGGGACUUCCUGCUGGCCCUUGCCUCGGCCCUUGUUUUCCCUCAGAAGAAACAAGGGACCAGACUUUUAGAGAUGGCACUGUAAGAUGGAACACGGGUUUGGAUUUUGUUUUCUAAUUGAAAAUGAAGAUGAGAUGAAGAAAACACUGGUCACCGCUGGACGGAGACUGAAUACAAUUUUUUUUUCUUUUUUUUUUCUUUUGUCAUUUUUUUCCCGCCUCUCCAAGAAGAAGCCAUUGUGUUUGAAGAGAUAUUUUCGAAAUAUUUGUAAGAUUACCUAUUUUGUACAGUAAACUGCUCUUUUUAUUUGGUAAUUCAAGUCUUGAAGGACCUCCAUCAGUCCAGGGAAUGCCUUAUUCUCUCCUGCCACAGUACUUACUCUUUUGCAUCAAGGAUAUCAUAUGAAAGAGAUACAUUUUUAAGAUUAGGCCACUUUUUUGGCGCAACACUGUGGACAUGGACAUUUCUGUGCUGAAGUUACUGACUUAAAACCUUGAGGACUCGAGGCACAUUUCUAAUUUAUUCUCAGAAAAACAAUAAGCCCUGUACUUACCUUUUACUGUUCCACACUGGCUAAUUAGAAAAUGGUUGUCCUGACAUUGUGGCAGUGUUACACACUGGUGUUGCACUGUUGGUCAGUUUAGAUACGUGUUUUAUCAGCUUCCACUGUAGACCUAGGGACAUUAUGUCAACCUGUGUCUAUUUCCUGGUGUCAUCCAUCAGCCUGUCCAUCUCCAGUACCACUCAUGUUAUUAGAAGUGGCCUAACGACCCACUGUGUAGACUCAGAUCUUGUUGAUUGAAAGGAUAAACGCAUGUAUACUUGAAUUUAGGUGUACUGAAGAUUUCAAGAUCUGACAUUGUUAUUGUGAUUACUCUUUCAAUUUGUGAUCAUUUGUUUGUAGGAGUGUGUGCUUACUGUUUCCAAAAUGUGCAGUAAUUGUGAAACCAAAUAAGCACAAAGUCAAACAAAUCUCCUUUGUGAGAUUACAAUCAGGGAACUGGAAACAAUCAGACAGCUGAAAGGCUUUGGAUAAAUUUCAUCCUUUUCUAAAGCGUUUCAGGAUUUCUUUCUCUGGCUGGAUUGACAAUCGCAAUUUUGCCCUCUGCUGCAUUGUGGGUCACCUGUGAGAGAGAUGACAUUUAUCGACAUUUUUAGGGGCGAGCAAUAUUCAAGCCAGUGGAAGGAAGAAAAAUCUUAGGGAUCAGCUGCAUUUUGCAAUCAAACUGACAUCCAUAGAAGGACUUUUCCCAAAAUAUGGCUGUGUUGUCAGUGAAAUAUGCCUCUUUACAAAUAUCGUUGUCACAUACACAUUUUGGGUUCAAGUUACAGAUGCUUUUUCAUUUUGUUUCACUCCAGGUGUAAAUGUCUCAAGCACUGAUUCAAACCUGAUGUGCUAAUACACAUAUGAGAUAUCCCAAGUUUAACCUCUUAUUCAAGUGCUUUCUUUCACAAAACCGCCAGUUGUAAAUCAAGCUUCACUGAGAACUUAGUAAAAACAGCUUCUGUACAGUUCAAAAACCGUUUCACGAACACACAGACACAUCUGCCUAUAGGAGAAAGUUUAUACAUCCUUGUGUGACAACUGCUACGUUAGCAUUUUGCAAUGACACAGCCACUGUUUCUCAAUGUAAGGUUUAUCAAGGAAAAAGUCUUUAAAGACUUUAAAUAAGAUGUUAAAAAUUCCUCAUUUGAUGUAUUAUUUCAGUCUGUUGUAGAUUCAUGAUAUGAACUUUUGAAGACACUGAUGGGUUUUUUUCUGCUUUAUGUUUUCUUCAGGGAGUAGUUAAUAACCAUGUUAAUUAACUGAUGCUUAUUAUGAGAUGUGUUCGCUAAAAAUCUGCCGUUGAGUGCGGACCCCCAUCCAUGCUUUUAGCCGUUCAUUGUUCAGGUGGUAGACGGCGCUGAACAAGACGUUUCAUUUUACUUUUUACAUUUUCCAAAGCAUUUCCCUCAACAUCAACAUGGAAGUGUGUUACAGAUUGUUUGGAGUUUUUUCUUCUUUAACUACGUGAGUAGCUGAACCAAAAGUUUGUUUCCUGCAAACACUGAACGCUGAGCCAAUUCACACCAAUUAUGACGCACUCUCUGCUCUUCAGUCCAAAGCUUCAUACUUGCACUCUCCUCUGUUCAUUCAACGUCACGUUUAACUACUCCCUGUCCUUACUGAGAACAUUUUGUUUAGUUUCUUUGAGAUAAUUUAUUCUAAUUUAUUUUGUGUAUAUUUGCUCAGUGCUACUGUAUAGAUGCUAUCUCAGUGUGUACAGUCCUUUUCUUCUCAUUGUUGACGUGCAUUCAGUUGUGUGUUUGAUGCCAGUGUGUGGGGAGGUUGGACUAAAGCCAUGUGCCUCGUGCGUUCUCACACGAAUGCUGUGAGUCUUUACAAAUCACGUGAACAACAGACAAUCAAAAUGUACAAAAUGUGCCUUGUGAGUAACAGACCUGCCACACUAUCAUCAUCAUCAACACUUGGCAUAAUUAUCCAAAGUCACUGGUCACAGCUGCUUGUUUCACUUGGGCUCUGUGAGAUCAACGUACUCUGAUACAGUAGGGUUGGCACACACAGUACAGCGUGUUUGUUGUGCCUUGAUACAAAAUAAAAAUCAGUUUGAUUCCUCACAUCAGCUCACGAGGCACAGGCUCAACCUUUGACAUCUCUCAGCACGGACGGCAAAUUUCACCACGCAAAUCCUUGUCAAUAUCAGAAACGUCUGUUUGCAGUCAAUGUGCACUGUAAAAAAAAAAAGAAAAAAAAAAAAAAGAAACAAUUUUUUAGCUGUAUACUGUUUUUUGCGCCUCUCUCUUUCUACUCCUGUGCUGAACUUCCCCUCUAGAUUCUUGAAACUUUUUAAGAUCUGUAAUAUGCUGGAUCGGCCCAGCGCGUCUGGGUUUUUGUGCUUUAUUUUCUACAAUCUAGUAGGGCUGUGGGUUUACAUUUGAAGGAGGAAUGAGCCACCAUGGUGCCCAGUAUUAUUUGUAUGUGAGAUGGGUUGAACAGCCACUCAGUGAAUGUGGUGUUGAUCUGAGCCUGUCAUUACUAGCCACUGUCGCAACCCUAACUCAAAUGAAACAUUUGUUAUAUGUUCAACCUUCAGUGUCUUUAAUAUCAAAUUUCUUCGAUCGGUUUUUUGAAUAUCCAAGAAAGAGUGCAUCUUUACUGUCAAGUGCUGUGAUUAGGUGUUUUUAUACAUAAGACAUAAAUUUGACACAGCUAUUGUUGCUAUCUUUAUGAAAAGUUUUUAGCUAAAUUUUUCCAUACCUUUUUUGUAAGAAGACGGAGAAAGAACUACAACAACAUGACUUUUUUGCUUUUCUAUAAUGGCUUUUUUUUCAAUGUUGUGGCAUUUUUAGUUUUGGAUAUUGCCAAGUCUGCUGUGUCACUCUCAGUUCAAGGGCUUUUUCAAUAUAUGUAAAUGGAGUAAAAAUGCAUGUCCAACAUUCCUGAAAAAAAAUAAUCUGUAUCUUAAAGGUUUGAAUGUAAUUUAAUGGAGUGAAAACCACAAUAUCUCUUUUAAUACAUGAACUGAACAGUGGAACUGAUUUCAGACUCCCGUGUGCCCUGUGCGCAGGGAGUUUGUAUUGUCUUCACAUUGCUUUCUUUACGUUCAGAGUGGUCUCAAGGAUUUCACAUUCAUGUGUCGUAUGAAGUGAGACCCAGUCCAGAUGUAGCAGUUUUUUGUUAAAGCAUUGGCUGUGUUAUCUUUGGGACUGCUCUGUGUCGGUUGCACAGUUUUCAAACAGCGCAAGACAUGGAGCGAUGGAGGGACUGGAGGAGGACCGGGGAUGUUUGUUCUUUUUUCUAGUGCAAUAUGCUGUACAUAAGAGCUUGGCUCUCGAAAUCUUACAAUUUCUCUUAAUUUCUUUUGUUGUUAAAUGGGUACAUUGCUGUUUUUUUUUUCAUUAAAACUUUA